CCUUCCGUUGGCUAGGUAUCCUUAGUAGGUGGGCUGCUGAGCUGCUCAGUUCAAAGUCCGCUACCUAAAGUAUGGAGUAUUCAUACGGAUACAUCUUUACGGGCACAUUGGCUAGCCAUGUUCUGCUACUUCAUGGCAGCGAUGGGCGGACUCUCAUGUCUUGGCAUUCUUUCUGGGGGCGCAAAAGACGCACUUCCCCAGUGGCUUAGCGUUGUUCUCCCGUCAGAGGGCCUUGGCUACGGCACUGCAACACGACUCAUGCGCCCUCGUUCCGGGGUUAGGGAUCGCGAAUUGACGUGCGCAAGCGAGAGUGAGGCACGGCAGAAGGAAUGGAACCAGUCUUCAAGAACCUUUGGGUGGAUGAUGAAACCGGGCUCCUGGACUCUACUCGAUCUCGGAGACAAGCCUCUAUUCUACAGACUCUUGCGAGAAAGCAGAAUAGGGCUGUACGAAGUAGCCUACGAUAUAGUACGCCCAGAGAUCUCCUUUUCCAGCCGGCGAGCCGCCUAG